AUGUCUGUCGAUUUCAACACCGUAGCCACCGAAUUCUGCAACUUCUACUACCAGCAGUUCGACAACGACAGAUCCCAAUUGGGCAACUUGUACAGAGAGCAGUCCAUGUUGACCUUCGAGACCUCGCAGUUGCAGGGCUCCAAGGACAUUGUGGAGAAGUUGGCCGGUUUGCCAUUUGCUAAAGUGGCCCACAGAAUCUCCACUUUGGACGCCCAGCCCGCCUCUCCUCAGGGCGAUAUUUUGGUCAUGGUGACUGGUGAGUUGCUUAUUGACGAGGAGCAGAACGCCCAGCGUUACUCGCAGGUGUUCCACUUGAUUCCUGAUGGAUCCUCGUACUACGUGUUCAACGACAUCUUCAGAUUGAACUACUCGUGA